UGCAGAGGCCGGCGGGCGAGUGGUCCGGGAGCGGCGGGGGCGGCGCCCAGCCCGCCGGAGGGAGGAGGAGGGACAUAGUCCGACAAAAAGGGGAAAAGGAGGGCGCGAGGGUGCCAGCAGCCAACCGGUCCCUGUGACCCACAGAUGUGCACAGAGUUACUCCCCUCUUUUCCCUGAACUUUCUGUCAGGAUGCUUUUCUCUGGUGGGCAUUGUGGCCAUGUUGGCAGACCUGAAGAAGUUUUACUCAUAUACAAAAUGUUCCUUGUCAUCAUUUGUUUUCAUGUCAUUCUUGUUACAUCCCUGAAAGAAAAUGCUGACAACUCCAGUUUGUUAUCACCAUCCGCUGAAUCAUCUCUUAUCAGUCUUGUCCCCUACUCCAAUGAAGUAUUGUCGACUUUAAACAAAACAGAAAAAACUAAAAUCACUAUAGUAAAAACCUUCAAUGCAUCAGGAGUCAAAUCCCAGAGAAAUAUCUGCAAUUUGUCAUCUAUUUGCAAUGACUCAGUGUUUUUUAGAGGUGAGAUAGUCUUUCAAUAUGAUGACGACCACAAUGUUACCCAGAAUCAAGAUACAGCUAAUGUCACCUUUAUUGGAGUCCUGUCUCUAAGCGAACUGAAGCGAUCAGAGCUCAACAAAACUCUACAGACCCUAAGUGAGACUUAUUUCAUAGUGUGUACUACAGCAGAGGCCCAAAACACGUUAAACUGUACAUUCACAAUCAAAUUGAAUGAGACGAUGAACGUGUGUGCCCUGAUGGCUACUUUCAAAAGCGUACAGAUUCGUCCAAUGGAACAGUGUUGCUGUUCCUUCAGUACUCCCUGCCUUUCCUCACCAGAAGAGUUAGAAAAACUUCAGUGUGAUCUGGAGGAUCCCAUUGUCUGUCUUGCUGAUCAACCCCAGGACCCACCAUUAUCUUCUUCCAGAAAGCACGUGGCAGACAUACCUCAGGCUACCAUUUUUUCCCGCAUCAAUAGUAACUUCUCUUUUGCUGAACCCUUUGAUCAUACCCUUAUAACCCCAAGCACAACCCCUCUGGUACAAAAGAUUCACCUGCAAUCUCGCAAGCCUGCAGCCUCCUUGGCUUCCAGUCCUGCCAUUGACUCGCCUGUUCAAACUGUACAGACCUCUUCCUUUCUGCCCCAAACUGAUCUUUCCCACACCUUGUCACCUGUAGAGUCCUCUGUUCCCCCUCCUACCCCACCAGCCCCAUCUGUCCCCGAAGAUGUGGUCACCGUCAGCCUACAUCCUGGUGAGACAGUUGUUAACACUACCAGUGUUCCUGAUCUGGAAGCCCAAGUAUCCCAGAUGGAGAAAGCAUUGUCGUUGGGCAGCUUAGAGCCUAGCCUUGCAAGCGAAAUGGUAAACCAAGUCAGCAAACUCCUUUACGCUCCACCUGCUUUGCUAGCUCCUCUAGCUCAAAGGUUGCUAAAAGUGGUAGAUGACAUUGGCUUACAGCUGAAUUUUCCAAAUACAACUAUCAGCCUAACUUCCCCUUCUUUGGCUCUUGCCGUGAUCAGAGUGAAUGCCAGUAAUUUCAAUACAAUGACCUUUGCAGCCCAAGACCCUGCAAAUCUCCAGGUUUCUCUGGAAACCCAAGCUCCUGAGAAUAGUAUUGGUGCCAUUACUCUGCCUUCAUCACUGAUGAGUAAUCUGCCAGCUAGUGAGGUAAAACUGGCUUCCAGGGUUCAGUUCAGUUUCUUUGAAACAUCUGCCCUGUUUCAGGACUCCUCCCUGGAGAACCUCUCUAUGAUCAGCUAUGUCAUAUCAUCAAGCGUUGCAAACAUGACCAUCAAGAACUUGACGAGAAAUGUGACAGUCACGCUGAAGCACAUCAACCCAAAUCAGGAUGACUUAACUGUGAAAUGUGUGUUCUGGGACUUGGGCAGAAAUGGUGGCAGAGGAGGUUGGUCAUCGGAUGGCUGCUCCAUCAAAGACAAGACGAUAAAUGAAACCAUCUGUACCUGUAGCCACCUCACAAGUUUUGGCAUCCUAUUGGACCUAUCUCGGACUUCCUUACCACCAAAUCAAAUGAUGGCUCUGACAUUUAUCACAUAUAUUGGCUGUGGGUUUUCAUCAAUUUUUCUGUCAGUUACUCUUGUAACCUACAUAGCCUUUGAAAAGAUUCGGAGGGAUUAUCCUUCCAAAAUCCUCAUCCAGCUGUGUGCUGCCCUGCUCCUGCUCAACCUGGUCUUCCUCCUAGACUGCUGGAUUGCUCUGCAUAAUACCCGAAGUUUCUGCAUCUCCGUGGCUGUGUUUCUUCACUAUUUUCUCCUGGUCUCAUUCACAUGGAUGGGCUUAGAAGCAUUCCACAUGUACCUGGCACUUGUCAAGGUGUUUAAUAUUUACUUCCAGAAGUACAUCCUUAAAAUCUGCAUUGUUGGCUGGGGGAUACCAGCUGUGAUUGUGGCCAUCGUCCUGACUAUAUCCCUAGAUAAUUAUGGCAUUGGAUCUUAUGGAAAAUUCCCCAACGGCAAACCAGUUGACUUUUGCUGGAUCAACAGCAAUGCGGUGUUCUAUAUCACAGUUGUGGGAUAUUUCUGUGUUAUAUUUUUAAUGAACAUCAGCAUGUUCAUUGUCGUCUUGGUUCAGCUCUGCCGAAUUAAGAAGAAGAAGCAACAGGGAGCCCAGCGCAAAACUAGUAUUCAAGACCUCAGGAGUGUUGCUGGCCUUACAUUUUUACUGGGAAUUGUUUGGGGCUUUGCCUUCUUUGCCUGGGGACCAGUCAAUGUCACCUUCAUGUAUAUCUUUGCCAUCUUUAACACCUUACAAGGGUUUUUUAUAUUCAUCUUCUACUGUGCAGCAAAAGAGAAUGUCAGAAAACAGUGGAGGCAGUAUCUUUGUUGUGGAAAAUUACGGCUGGCUAAAAAGUCUGACUGGAGUAAAACCGCUACUAAUGUUUUCAAGAAGCAGACUGGAAACCAAGGAGUAUCCAGCUCUUCAAAUUCCUUCCAGUCAGGCUGUAAUCUCACUAACUCCACCACGCUACUAGUGAAUAAUGAUUGCUCAGUGCACGCAAGCGGGAAUGGCAAUGCAUCUACAGAGAUGAAUGGGGUUUCUUUCAGUGUUCAGAAUGGAGAUGUGUACCUUCACAAUCUCACUGACAAACAGCACAUGUUUAGUGACAAGAUUCCUGAAAUGGUAAAAGCUGGAUGGCAUUCAGAAGGACUUCAAAGCGGGAAGUUUAAACUUUUUUGAGCAAAUGUGAUUCUUUUCUUCUAAAAUCAAAGCAUGACGUUGAUAUUGUGAUGUGUCCAGUUUUCCUUUUACACAAUGUAAGAUGUAUGAAAAUCAGCUUGUUUUCUUCUCAGCAACCUCUGAACGAACACAAGCUAAGUGAGGGUAAUGGUUACUAAUGGAAGAAGAAACCAUGACAUUAUUAUGGUCUCUUGACCGUUGCAAUUUGGUUUCUCAGCUUUUAUUUGAAAGAAGAUGGAUGUUAAAAAACCACAGAAUAAGAUUUAGAAAAAGAGAAAUGAACGUUCAUUUCCAGUUCCAUUUUAAAGAGGCUGUUAUCUUUGAUAACAUUUUAGGGGGGAAAUGUUUAUUUCAGUCUGUUGGUGAGUUUAGUUGUGCAUGCCUUUGUUGUAUAUAAGCUAAAUUCUAGUGAUCCACACAUCAAAAAUCUUAUCUUUACCUUUUCAUAUUUAUUUUCUACUGUGUAAAUUUAUUCUUUUUAUAGAAUCAUGGUUGCUUCCUUUUGUCUAAUGUUGACAACUUACCAGUGAAUUCUAACCCUCCUUUUAGAAAACAUAUAGGAUGUGAAAUUCAAAAACUUCGCUGAAAUCAAGAAACAAUGAUAAAGGCAGCCUGAACAAUUAUAAACAGACAAUGCCACAAUUAGUUAGGUCUUUCACUAAGGCGUCCUUGCAUAUAUUUUAAGUAAAUGUUGUAUCCCAGACUAACCAUAGUAGUAAUAUCUGUUUCUGUGUGUGCUCACUUAUCUUUGCAAAUUUUCUUCUCCAAAUUAUUUAAUUAUUUUGUAUUUAUAUGUUACAAUUGACAAAAAAAAAUGUUAAAAUCAAUAAAUUUGCUGUUACG